AGCCUCUGUGUGUCCGGGGACGCAUGGAUGUGUGUGAGCGCUCCCUCAUGACAAAGCUUCAGCGCGUCUGGGAAACCAGGGACAGGAGCUCGAGCGUUUAGGGAGAAACCGUCGACAGAAUUAACCCUGCAUGUUUACCUGCUUGACGGCUCACCGACAAACUUCUUCGGUGACCGGUUUACUUUUUAUUUCCUAUAACUCGUACCUCCCCUUCUCCUUUUUCCCCCUUCUCUCCAAGUGAACUUUGUAGGGAUGUUGAAUGAGAGCAUCUCCGUGCAGCUGAAUGCCCAAAUAGUGCUGAAGUGAGUGCAAGACGGAUGUUCUCUUCUUCUACUUCUACUUUUUCUGUUUAACACACCAGAGGCAAAAAAGAGGGAGCUAGAGAGAAAGGUAAAGCGCGUGUGUGUGUGCAGGAGAGAGCGAGAGAGAGCGAGAGAGAGAGAGAAGUCGCACCGGUCUUUUGGAGCUACGCUUUCAUGCCGUCAGUCUUGCGGACUCUGAGAUGGACGUCAGAUUUUAUCCAGUUCCCCCUUCAAGCGUGGGUUCAUGUACGUUACCGACUGACUCCGGUUUGGACUAUUACCACUCCAACAAGAGCAGAUACGGUGCUGCAGAUCGAGGUGUGAGACUCUACAGUUCCCUGCCCAUGCGCCCAAACCCUGACGGAAAGAGACUGCCCUCUACUGGGUUUGAUGGUGACAACAUGUACAUGAAUGAAAACAACCACGAGUUCCUCCCGCCAAACCAGAGCUACACAGGUCAGACCGGCGGCGGCGGGGGAGGAGGUGGAGGUGGAGGUUCAGGCAGUGGAAACGGGGAUGAGGACUACGAGAUCCCCCCCAUCACCCCACCUAACCACCCCGAGCCUCCUCUUCUUCACCUGAUGGAGCACGACUCCACAGGCUACCUCUGCCACUCGCUGCCACACAAUGGGCUCAUCAACCCGUACUCGUACCCCGAGCUGCCCACACUCAUGAUGUCGAACAUGCUGGCACAGGACAGCCACCCCAUCUCCAGCCAAAUGCCCUCGAUGCAGGAGAUGGCUAUGCACCACCACCAACAGCAACACCAUCGCCAGCAUCCCGACGGCGCUCAUUAUGACCACGCCCGUCACCACCCCCUGAUAAACAGCUCACCUACACCGAUACUGCCCAACCCCAUGAGUGCACUGUCCCAGCUAAACCCUCAGGUCAGCCGCAGCGCUCUGCCUCACGGCUCCCCCUCACCUCCCGGAAGUAAAUCGGCCACACCCUCCCCCUCCAGCUCCAAUCAGGAAGAGGAGACUGAUCCUCAUUUUAAGAUCACGGGCGAGAAGCGGCCGUCUUCAGAGAUGAUGAAGCCCAAACCCAAACCCCAAAAGAAGAAGAAGAAGAAGGAUCCCAACGAGCCAACAAAGCCUGUGUCAGCCUACGCCCUGUUCUUCAGAGAUACCCAGGCGGCCAUUAAGGGACAGAACCCAAACGCCACCUUCGGAGACGUAUCCAAGAUAGUGGCGUCCAUGUGGGAUGGACUUGGAGAGGAGCAGAAACAGAGCUACAAGAGGAAAACAGAGGCUGCUAAGAAGGAGUACCUGAAAGCCCUGGCCGCCUACAGAGCCAGUCUGGUUUCCAAGACAUAUAACGACCCUGUGGAGACAAAACAAACAGGCCAGGCCUCUCCACACAUGAUGCCAGGCAACCCACCUCUGUACAGCGUGCCACCUCCCCCUCAGCCGUCGUCGCCCUACCUGGGGCCGGGGGCCUUCCCUCUCACCGACCUGCAGAGCUACGCCGGACACGCCCCUCGCCACACACUGUCGCAGACGCUCAGCCAAUCACAGAUGCUGCCCAGCAUUAGUGCCUCUCCCCCCUCCUCCUUCCAGAUUAGCCCCCCCCUGCACCCCCACCAGCAGCUCUCCCUGCACCAGAGCUCGCUCCUCAACCAGCCUAUCCGCAUGCAGCAGGUCCAGUCCCAGCCAAUCAUCUCUCACCAGAUGGGGCUGCAGGCCUCUCUUCACUCCCCUCCUCCUGGACAGCAGAGUUUUUCCCACCUCCAGUCAGAGUAUCAGAAGAGUAUGGGGGGUUCCCAGUCUCCAGGAGCCUCUGGCCCUGGUCCAGGCCCUGGAGUGGCUCAAGGCCAUGACUGGGACGGUGAAUACUGCAAUCGGGAGUGUGGCAACCACUGCAGUGGCAGCAUGAUUGGCAGGGACAAGCCCCUCUACCUCACCUGAAAACUGAAGAUCAUGCUCUGUCGACAAAUACGACACCGAGGAGUCUACUCCCACCCUUCUAACAUCCCCCUCACCCAUAACCCCUUCAACCUUCUUCUGAUGCACACACUUACAUACAGUUCAAACCUAAUAUACACACACACACACACACACACACACACACACACACAUGCACACACACACACACACACACACACAUUCCACCUCCCAAACACCACCACCACCACCUUUCUUUGUCAGUGUAACUAUGAUUUCUCUCGGUUUCUAGAAGAACUUGUGAGCAGAGUUGGUUUCUUUUUUUUGACUAGAUGACUGCUGUCUGUACCACUUAAUGUAUUAGCAGUCCUCUUGCUGUUUAAAAAAUUUGCCAAGCACUUAUGAUGCCCCCCCCUCUCUUCCCUCCCUCCUCUCUUGAGUUGUGUUUCUCUGCCCUCUUUUAAAACAUUCAGGGCCGAAGAGCUCUCCUCUUCUGUGUCACCAUCAAAGUCCCCUCAGGGGCCCCAUCCAGCUUUAAUUAGAAUGAGAAGAAACAAAAUACUCUUCUCCUUCUUUAAUCAUUUCCAUUUCCCUUUUUGUUGUUGUUGUUGUUGCUGUUUUAUUUAUUUCUGGCUUGCUAAAUUGUUCCCUUUUUUUUUUUUUUUGCCAACAAGUAUCGGGCCCUGUACUGUAGAAAAAUAUUAACUUCUAGUAGGUUCCGCGCAGGCUUAGAUGUUAUGGUAGCUUUGCUUAAGGGCCUGAAAAUGAAUCCAAAAGGCUGGGGUUAGGAAUGAGAAACAAAACAAAAGGAUUUUUUUUUUAUAUUAAAGACCUGUUGGGGUCUGCUGAGCUGUCACAGUGUGAUUGUAAAUAUCACUUUUAUGGGAUCAAAUUGGGAAUUGGAAGUCCAGAUAGAUUUGUUUCUUCUUUAAUAUUACAUGUAAGUCAUUCUGUGUGUAUGUGUGUGUGCGUGUGUGUCUGGACGUUCGAAUGUACCCCAUUCAUGACGUGUGCAGCUGAGUGUGUAUGCACGCCCAUGCACGUGCAGCCACUCGCGCGCAGGACUGUCUCAGUGUCGAGUCUUUCUCGUGAAUUUUAACAGCCCUGUGCAGCUGGAUUUCAGAGGAGUAUUUCACACUCUCGUUCUUGCAUUAAAUCUGUGCUCACUGGUGUGUUUUUUUCCAAUAAAGUUCAAUCUAAAACUGAA